CCACGAAGAGGCCUGGCGACAUUUCUCAGUCACGUUGUGCAAGAUGGCGGACGCAUUUGACGAAGAGGACUUGUUUGCGGUGUUUGAACAGCAGAGCCCAGCUACAGAGAAAGGGAAAUCCACUAAGAAAGAUGGCAAAGGAAAAACCAAAGCCACAACAUCAUGUAUUACCCCUAAGGCUGGCUUGAAACGUGAUUUUGAUACAGAGGAAAACGAACCAACCUGGGAUCCCGACGAUGAGUCGGCAGCCACGAAGAAACAGAGAGUCGAGGAUACGAUAGAAAGUUUAUUGGAAUCCGUUCCCCAAGUGGAUGUGGUGACUUUAGAUAUUUUGGAGGCCUGCUCACAUGAGGUGGCCUUUCCCAAGGGAUUUGAAUACACCCCUCUAGUACAGAGUGCUGCCAAGCCGGCAAAGGAAUAUCCAUUCAUCCUUGAUCCAUUCCAAAAGGAAGCUUUGAGGUGUCUUGAGAACAACAAGUCAGUUCUUAUUUCUGCUCACACUUCAGCUGGCAAGACUGUUGUAGCAGAAUAUGCGAUUGCUAUGUCAUUGCAAAAGAAGCAAAGAGUUAUCUAUACUACCCCUAUCAAGGCUCUUAGUAACCAGAAAUACAGAGAGCUUUAUGAAGAGUUCCAGGACGUUGGUCUGAUGACAGGAGAUGUGACAAUUAACCCCACUGCAAGUGCUCUGGUCAUGACCACUGAGAUUCUUAGAAGUAUGCUUUACAGAGGGUCAGAGGUUAUGCGGGAGGUGGCAUGGGUUGUGUUUGAUGAGAUCCAUUACAUGAGAGACAAAGAGCGGGGAGUAGUCUGGGAAGAGACCAUUAUUCUCCUACCUGAUAAUGUCCAUUAUGUUUUCUUGUCUGCUACUAUCCCUAAUGCACGGCAGUUUGCCGAGUGGAUAGUGCACUUACAUAAACAGCCCUGUCAUGUGGUGUACACUGAUUUCCGGCCCACCCCCCUACAGCACUACAUUUACCCUGCAGGCGGGGAUGGACUCUUCCUGGUGGUUGACGAAAAGGGUGACUUUAGAGAAGAGAACUUCCAAAAAGCAAUGGGUGUGAUACGAGUUGGAGGUGGUGACCCUGGCGCUCAAAGAGGCCGCAAAGGAGGCACCAAAGGCCCAUCUAACACAUUCAAGAUUGUGAAGAUGAUCAUGGAGAGAAACUUCCAGCCAGUUAUUAUCUUCAGUUUUAGUAAAAAGGAAUGCGAGGCAUAUGCUCUUCAGAUGUCAAAACUUGACUUCAAUACAGCGCAAGAGAAAACUCUAGUUGAGGAGGUGUUCAACAAUGCUAUAGACUGCCUGUCAGACGAAGAUAAGAAGCUCCCACAGGUGGAGCAUGUUCUUCCUCUACUCAAGCGAGGGAUAGGUAUCCAUCACUCUGGAUUACUGCCCAUUCUCAAGGAGACGAUUGAGAUACUAUUCUCUGAAGGACUUAUCAAGGCUCUGUUUGCAACUGAGACGUUUGCCCUUGGACUGAACAUGCCUGCAAGGACUGUGGUAUUCUCCAAUGCCAGGAAAUUUGAUGGGAAGGACUUUAGAUUUAUUACUUCAGGAGAAUACAUUCAGAUGAGUGGUCGUGCUGGUAGGCGUGGUCUGGAUGAGAGAGGGAUUGUCAUUCUCAUAAUUGAUGAAAAGAUGGGGCCAGAUGUUGGCAAAGGUUUAUUAAAGGGGCAUGCAGAUCCUCUGAACAGUGCUUUUCACUUGACAUACAACAUGGUCCUAAACCUGCUAAGAGUAGAGGAGAUUAAUCCUGAGAUUAUGUUGGAAAAGUCUUUCUACCAAUUUCAGAACUAUGCUGCAAUCCCUGCAAUGAUAGAAAAAAUGAAGGACCUAGAGUCCAAGCGAGAUCAAGUGGAAAUCCCAAAUGAGGAGUCCAUCACAGCGUACUACAAGAUACGGCAACAACUAAAAAAGCUUGCAGACGACAUGCUAGCAUUCAUUCACCAGCCCAAGUACUGCUUGCCUUUCAUGCAACCAGGCCGACUAGUGAGGGUUCAAAAUAAUGAUGAGGAUUUUGGAUGGGGAGCUGUUCUGAAUUUCCAGAAAAAGGCAAAUCAAAAGGGUGCUGUGGGUGAUACCCUGUAUGUGCUGGAGGUGUUGCUGAAAUGUUCUCCCAAGGCUAUCAAGUCAGCUGAUGGUGAUAUCCCAAAGCCUUGUGGGCCAGAUGAAAAGGGGGAGAUGCAGGUGGUCCCUGUGUUGAUGCACCUGGUAAAACGAAUAAGCAGUGUUCGUCUGUACAUCCCAAAGGACCUUCGCUCACUUGACAGUCGUCAAAGUGUUGGCAAAUCCAUCCAGGAGGUGAAGAAGCGUUUUCCUGAUGGAUUACCACUUCUUGAUCCGAUUGAAGACAUGGGCAUCAAAGAUGACGGGCUAAAGAAGAUCGUCAGGAAAAUCGAGAUGCUGGAACAUCGCAUGUACACACAUCCUUUGCACAAGGACCCAGAACUAGACAAGCUGUACUCCUUAUGCGAAAAGAAGGCCAUGGUGAGCAAUGAGAUCCGAGCAGCCAGGAAGGAGUUGAAGAGGGCGAGGACAAUAUUACAGCUGGACGAACUCAAGUGCAGGAAGAGAGUGCUUCGAAGACUGGGGUAUGCUACGGCGUCAGACGUAAUAGAGGUGAAAGGCCGAGUAGCCUGCGAGCUUAGCAGCGGGGACGAAUUGCUUUUGACCGAAAUGAUCUUUAACGGCGUGUUUAACGAGCUGACCACCGAGCAAAGCGUCGCUUUACUCAGCUGUUUCAUCUGCGAGGAGAGGAGCGAUGAGAUGCCAAAGUUGAGGGAAGAGCUCGCUGGUCCUCUUCGCCAGAUGCAGGAGUCCGCUCGUCGCAUCGCUAAAGUCUCGCAGGAAGCCAAAAUGGAGCUCGACGUCGAGGAAUACGUAGAGAAGUUCCGUCCGCACAUCAUGGACGUGGUCUUUGCCUGGGCGAAUGGGUCAUCAUUCUCACAGAUCUGCAAGAUGACGGAUAUAUUCGAAGGGAGUGUGAUCCGCUGCAUGCGUCGACUAGAGGAAUUACUCAGACAGAUGUGCCAAGCGGCGAAAGCCAUCGGCAACACUGAAUUAGAGAACAAGUUCGCGGAAGGAAUUGUGAAGAUCAAGCGGGAUAUCGUUUUUGCAGCAAGUCUGUAUUUGUAGCUCUCCUACUUGUGCCAUCUUAUCGGACUGUACGAGGUACCCCUAAUUGGCGCUACCAGUACCCCUAACGGGCGUUACCAGUACCCCUAACGGGUGUUACCUGUACCCCUUACGGGCGUUACCAGUACCCCUAAUGGGCGUUACGUGUACCCGACUGGCGCUACCAGUACCCCUAACGGGCGUUACCUGUACCCAUAACAGGCGUUACCUGUACCCAUAACAGGCGUUACUUGGGCCCUUAACAGGCGUUAUCAGAUGCUCGUCCAGAUGUCACGUAAAGGCAUGUAACCGUUUACGGGGGACGGGAGUGUGAUAUUGGACCCAAAAGGUCUCAUUGAGGGAAAGCGUGACCAUCAAGGGAAAACGUAACAAGGCUUCGCAAGGCGAAGGCAUGGCAGAUGUCACAGGGAACACUUCGAUUUCGAAUGUCGUUAUGUCAAAAUGUACGUCAAGUGAGUAUGAUGAAGGCGAUGAUUGUACAAGGCGAUGAUUGUACAACAACCUCAACGGAGUAACAGUGACAACAAAUAUUAGCAAGAACAACGACUGAUUUAUCAUCGCCUUAUAUCUCAACAAAAACAAUCUUUGGUCGAGGGAAACACAUUUUGUUCUAUAAAUAUACUUAUAUCGAAUAAGGUUGUACUCGGAGAAUGUGUAUCAUUACCCGCAGUGCUUCAUGGGUAUCAAAUAAAAAAAUAAAAAAGCGUAAAUUAAUACAGGUUUGAAAAGCUUUAGUAUUGUUAUUUAUGUACCCCUGUACGUUCACAGGCGUUAAGAGUCCAGCCAUGUAUACGUUACCCAUGAACCACUGCGGGUUACGAUACAUUGACUCGCUGGUGCAACCUUAAUUGAAAUAGGUGUAUAUAGGAAAGUAAUGAGCUGAAGAAAAUAUUGCUUCGUUUUAUUGGUCAAUCCGUAUGUACAUUACUAUAUUGGCUCUAUAACCACGUGGACUAGUUGGAUAACAAACUCGGGAUAUUAUUUUUACUAGAUAUUUUCAUGGCUUUUGACGAUCAUUUGUACAUAGUUUUCAUAAAUGAGCAUUUUAUUGCAAACCCUCUGUGGAUUUGCAGUCACUUUCAAACUAGUUUUCGCAGAACCUUUCUGUCCUCAAGGUACCACCCCAACUUUCCCUUGUAGCAGAUGACUCUUCUUUUUAUUUCGCUGGCUAAGAAAGAAGCCUUUGCACACCCAAUCUAGCGCACUUACGAUUUAUACUUUUACAUUCAUCGUAAAGUUUCCCAUUUGUUUUUAUCGCCUGCUCUAUAUUUUUCACUUUAUUGUCACUAUAAAGAAAAAUGUCAUCCGCGUAACUUGUUUUUGUUAUAUUGUGUUUUUUUAUAUACAAUUCUAUUUACAAAUCGAUAAUGAGCGCUAUCUGGUAGUCGAAGGCUUGUUACUCGUUCCCAGUACUCGUGUGGGGACCAUAUGUCGAUUUGUGGGCUAGUGCGCAUGCGCCAGGCGUGUCUGAGACUCGAAUUGAGCCCCUCUCGUUCAGUCGUAACCAGUCCACUUGCACAGGACCGCGUGAACUCUUCAAUUUCAUUUGGAUGCGCUAAAAGAGGCACACGAGAUUUGCGAAUUAGCAACAGGAAGUUACAACAGAACAUCCUGUAUGUGUUUUCUUCUUAGUACAAGGUAAUGGUCCAGUUUCUGAUACUCGCCUCUUUUGACCAGGAAAUGUCAAGUUUGUUUCUGACCAGGAAAUUUCCAAAAUGUUCCAGUUUUGUGGUACUCACCUCCUCUGGCCAGGGGAUGUCCAGUUCAGUGGCUGGUGGUGCUCUUAUUGCGACAAUGGUCUGUUCACCCAAGCUCUCUAUCCCCUCUAUGUCCGCCAUGGUAACAAACGCAUGCUUGCAGCUAGUUAAGGUAGCCAAUGACUAUCUGGUGUCGCCUCAUUUGUUUCUGAAUAAAGCUUUCUAUUUUGUGA